CGGAGGAGGCGGGAGAGCGCCCCCGGGGCCUAUGGGGAGGGCGGGGGAUGGAGCGGCUGCGGAAGCUGUGGAGAGGCCGCACGAUGACUUUCGGGGUCCCCCUGUUGUUGUAUCUUGUUGGAGGAUCUUUUGGGCUCCGUGAGUUCGCUCAAAUAAGAUAUGAUGUCCACAAACUACAUGGCAAGGUCGAUCCAGCUUUGAAAGAAAAAUUAAAACAGAACACAGUGACACUGGAAUCUGAAUAUGAGAAGCUGGAGAAGUCCAACUUGGAUAACUGGCAGAACAUCAGAGGGCCCCGUCUGGGGGAAGACUCCAGGGCUGUGCAGAAGCGACAACGAGAGGCUCUCCGUCUCAAAACAGAAUGAUUGAGCAAGACUGCUUUGGUGCUCCCCCUGCAAAAAAACAAGCCCAACAACAAAACCACCUUAGGCUGAACUUUUAAUUUUUAAUCCAUUGUCAGGAACAGACUUGAGAUGGGUGGGCUGCGCUGAGCCGUGUGUAACUGUGAGAUCAGUCCAAAAAGCACUGUAUAAUGUGAAGCUCUUUGUUUGCCUCCAUUUGCAUAGAGCUCCACGGGCUGUAGAUACGAGCUCUCAAUUAAAGAAUAGCUGAUUAUUCUACCGAGAGUAUUCCAGAGUUUUUCACUCUCUGUCAUUCAAAACUGAGAUGCUACAGCACAGAAUAACAUUUCAGGAGCCACUUGUCAGUACCAGAAGUUGUCACCCUAAUGAGAACAACAGUGCUGUCAUCUAGAUGUGCGUGGCCCAGUAAAUGCUGCUUCAGGGAGCCUCUGCAUGACUUCAGGCUCUUAAGCUUGGAAGGGACUCCACAGGCAUAUGAGCUGUUUGGAACAGAGAGCCUGGGUUUGGCUA